CUCAUUUAUUAUUACUUUAACUUCCAUUAAUUGUCCUUCACUCCUGUCUCGUAAAUCUAUCUUCUUCGUCUUCUUCUUCUUGUCUGCAUCCUUUGACCUAUCCCAAAACAUGUUUUUGCUCACUAUACUCUUCCUAGCACUCUUGUUCCUCGGCGGCCUCCUGGCUACGGUGUUUCACGCAUCUCUUGUUCAAUAUUUCUUCUCCAAAAAACCCAUUAAAGCCAGUCCAUCUUCUUCUCCUCCUUCGCCUGAAACUCCGAAGAAGAAGAAGAAGAAGACGAGUAAUAAUGGUGAUCAGAGGUCCAAGAAGAAGGAGGAACUCCGGCGGGUAUUCGCGACUUUCGACAAGAACGGAGACGGGUUCAUAACGAGGCAGGAGCUGAAAGAGUCGCUGAGGAACAUCAGGAUCGUGAUGUCAGACAAAGAAAUCAACGAGAUAGUGGUGAAGUUUGAUUCUAAUGGAGAUGGGCUGAUUGAUUUCGACGAGUUCUGUUUGCUGACUGAUGAGUGUAUGGGCCGAGAAUAUCAGAGAGGAAGCGAAGAAGAUGAGGAUGAGGAUGAAGGAGAAUUAAGAGAAGAAGAGGAAGAGAAUCUGAAGGAGGCUUUUGGGGUUUUCGAUAAAGAUAAAGAUGGGCGUAUAUCAGUGGAAGAGCUGGCUCUGGUUCUGACUUCACUAGGGUUGAGGGAAGGGAAGAAGAUGGAAGAUUGCAAAGAGAUGAUUCGUAAGGUCGACAUGGAUGGAGAUGGUAUGGUUGAUUUUCACGAGUUCAAGACAAUGAUGAAAUCACGAAAGCUUGUCUUGGCUUCUUAAUUAAUUAAUUAAUUAAUUAAUUACAAUUCUCUCUCUAUCUCUUCUUCUUCUUCUGCAGAUCUGGUAUCGCUACAGAAAUUUGUGUAAAUUUCACAAUUAUAUAUGAUGUCGUCUGUAGUACAUAAGGUUUUGAACUCCUGACUUCAGGUUAUAUCUUGUCGUCCUUCAACUCAUCUCUUCGCCUGCUUGUAAUUGGCUGUGUUCUUAUGUUUCUUUUUUCGUUUCUUUUCUUUUCUUUUGCUUUUGUUGUUUGGUUGGGUUAGAUAAAGUCUUGUAUGAAGCAUUUAUAUAUGUUUUUAUUAAGAAAUUAAAUUCAGGUUGAUAAUCAA